AUGAGAAAGAGAGCUAGCUGCAUUCCUGAGCUAAAUGGGCAACCGACUUGUCAAGAGCGAGCCCUUUAUCCCAUCUUCAAUCCUCAGGACCCUCGUCACAAUCCCCAGGCGCAGCCCUUUUCUCUCCAUCGCCAACGAUCAUUGAAUUCGUCGGAACCCCGAAAGCGCAAACAAUGGACUCAAAGCAUCCCUAGGAAAUCAUUUCACAGGGUACGUUCUCGUCUCUUGGCAUUAAGAGCAGGCCUGUUACGCCAUUCAACUGUUGAAGAUGACAAGGUUGGAGACGCCGCUAAAAAGGAACGGUUUGUGAGCCCUGCUGCUUUGAGACGAGAGCGAGAGCAGCAUAGUCUUCGUCCGACAGUUUACAGUAUGGAUACACAAGACGACUUGGUGUUCGGUACUGAGAUUUAUCGAACUGGUAUUCCAUGGCCAACCCUCGAAGUUCACGAGAUGGAAGUCAGCCGGACCGAUGAUGCAUCGGACAGUGAUUCUGUAUCUGGGCUACAAGCAGCACCUUCUGCGACGUCUCCAAGUGCAUCCCCUAUCAUAAGAGUGCACCGAAGCCCAGACUUGAUGUUUAUUGUGGAAUCGUCUCUGACAGAACCGACCGAGUCACCCUCUACAAGCAGUAACCUCGUUGAUGAUGAACCUCCAGGGACGAUGACCCAAAGCACCAGGGCUAUGCCAGGCCAUUUAGAACUACAAUUGGAUGAUCGCGCUGCUGACGACUGUAUUUUGCUUCAUGAUUUGACAGCAUCACCAUGGGAUGGCGCAAUCUCGAUCAAUCAAGAGCUCGAUGUGUCAGUCCAUGGAGUCGAUGAUGCUCAGUCUUCCUGGGAAGAACACCUAGUACAAGGCAGUGAAAUCCAAAUAGAUCCAGUGUCAGGUGUGAGCGAUGACCUGGCUAUUCAACAAGAGAUGCUUGGCAACAGAGAAUCCGAAAGUCGACAGUCUUCAAUAUCUUCCAAAAGUACGGCUCCUAGCAUCUUCCGUCAUCUUAGCACUCAUAGAAGACGCUCAGGGGAUCACGUCAGACAUUAUCCGUCGCGAGUUACGGAAGAGGGACUUGCAAACACCGCGACAAAUCUAGCAUCAAUCCCCAUAUCGAGGCAAUGCUCCGCAGAAGUGGAAAUUGCGUUCCCUGGAAUCUACCAAGAGAUGCUGGAGCAGUGGUUGAGGGAGCCCCGUGAAAGUCAAGUUACCCUUCCCACUGAAGAAGACAUAUGCACUUCUCAGGUACAAAUUUGCUCAGACUCAGCACAAUGUACCGUAACUCGAGACAAUGCACAUGGAGAUUUACCUUCAUAUGAAGUGCAUGAUCAAGAUACCCUCAUCUUGGAAUCACCGCAAACAUCCAGUGUUAUUGUGGAUGUUUCAGACAUGGAAGAAUUGCAACCACUGAAUCACUCAACCCCAUCUUUUGCUAACGAUCUGGAUCGUCAGCAUUUUGACAAUGGAUCGCAAGAGUUCGCACAUUCUUCUAAUACCAUCGACGAAGUGAUGCUGCACGGAAUACCCCCGGCAAAUUCCAGGGAUUCAGGGAACCGAUACUCAUUUGGCCUUCACAUGUCUUUGUCGACUGAUAUGGAAGGACACAGCGUGACCCAAUCAAAUCGUACAAGCUACCGAGCACUGUCUUUCGAUCACCGGAACCGAGAUUCUCAGUACUGGGCUUCUAAUGUGGAGCCAGGGCAUUGUAUGUUCCAAUCCCUACAAGAUGAUCAUGCGUAUCCACGCCUCUACGCCGACGAUAGUACAUCACCGGAGCGUACAUCGGCGGAAAUGACAUCAAUGACAUCAAUGUCAAGUAAUCCAUGGUCACCGAUUGACAGUGAAGUUCUGUUCCCAACUUCGACACUAGGUGCAAACGAGUAUUACCUAGUUGACGGAAAGACUAACACUCACUACUAUGACGGAGGCAAUCAGCCACUCAGAAAUUCUUGCAAGGAAACCAGGGAAGACAGUGCCCAUAGCUGCUCAAGCUCGAACUGGACUUCUCCCAUUCGAAAUCGGGAGAUGACUGAGGUUAUGUUCCCAUCAAACAUGUCUCUGCAGUUUGCAUCACAUAGUGCCUGUGGAACAGACGAACAAGUUGAAUCAGAGAUGUAUGAUAUUGAAUACCGCGGACUGCCGAGUCACGCUCAUUGGUAG